GCGGUGAAGCCUGGGGAUGAGCAUAAACUGCGUCAAGCCGAGAAGGACAUGCGUCAGCUGCUUCAAGAGCCCAAUUUGACGCUCAGCUGGAGGAUUCUGGAGAGCCAACAUGAACUGCGCUCACGGAAGGCGAGCCUCGUCUCCAAGUGCGAAGCCGUGCGAGCGGCGUUGAAUGCAGCGCUCGAUUGCUCAGGGGGCGAAUUCCGACUCAGAAGCGAGGUGGCGUUUGUCAUUCGAGCGCUCUAUGAAAUCAUGCAGCCGCCCUGCCACGGGUCGCUCAAGGACCUGGUCCAACGCACCGAGGCAGGCGCUGCUGGCAAGAGUAAGCUGCAUGUGCUUUGGGGAGCAGGUGAGAAGCACGCAAAAGCAUUUGUGGCUGCGCUGGCGCCGGUACUCCUCUUGGACAGUGAUGCAGCGGCUAUGCAGGAGCUGCUUCAGAGUUAUACGGAGCUGAGCAAACGCCAUGAAGAUCUCCUUUCUCAGGAAGACCUAAAGCAUCUCGACCAGCAGACCCUGCGUGCGGCCCUACGUCGCAUGACCUCCGCAGUGAAGGAGAUCGGGGAUGCCAUGACAUUGGAGCUGGGACGCCAAUUUCUGAAAGCCUUGAGGGCUGCCAAGAAGCCCGAAGCAAAGCCAUGUGAAGAUGUGUCCGAGUCCAGUGGCCUUGCCACUGACAUCGGUCAUCAGCUGCUGAGCCUUGGGCAACUCGCUAAGAGCCUACAGGAGGAGGGGGUGAAGUUCACCCGAUCUGCAGCACCGGGCACGGACGGCCGCCAGGGUUCCAUGGACAGAGCGCGUUCGUCCUCGGAUAUCCCACGAGCAACGCGGAAUAUGCCGGGCGUGGAAAGCUACAACCGCCAGGACCUUGAUGGAUCAAGCUCGGAGGCUACUUGUAGCUGUGGCGAGGAGCUGAUACCCUGCAAGCAAGCUCAGAGGCCCGCGAGUCGUUCCAAAGCACAGAGCUCCGGUGGUGAAAGCGAGGUGGCGGCUGGCACGAAGCAUCUUAGUCCAGAAGGGCUCGUGCGCAUCGGCAUUGACAACACCAAGGACAGCGCGCGGUCGUCUUCGGAUAUCCCACCAGCCACGCGGAAUAUGCUGGGCCUGGAAAUCACCAACCACCAGGACCUUGACGGAUCAAGCUCGGAGGCUACUCGUAGCUGUGGCGAGGAGCCGAUACCCCGCAAGCAAGCUCAGAGGCUCACGUGUCAUUCCAAAGCACAGAGCUCUGGUGGUGAAAGCGAGGUGACGGCUGGCACGAACCCUCUUGCUUCAGAAGGGCUCGUGCACAUCGGCAUUGACAAUGCCAAGGAGGAGGCCAUCAACCAGGAGACAGCCAUUACUGCAAAGCCUUCCCAUUCUCCCGAACCAACGCCAGCAUCUACGCGGUCACAAUGUUCAGACUGA